AUAAAUAUACCGUCCCAUUGGGCGCAGGCUACGAGUCUUUCGGCGACCGUCGAUCGAGUUGAAGUUUUGACCUGCCAAAGGUUUUCGGUCGGUUUUCGGAUCAAUCAGUUGAAGAGGUGUGGAGUUCCACUUUUGGGGUGCGUGUGGUCAAGUGACCCCUGGAAAACCAAAAAAAAUCGGAGAAAAUAAGGACUCUUGAUCGGUGAAGUGGCGACCACGCACAAAGUGAUUUAUUAAGCUCAACAAGGGAUCUUGAAGGCGAGGAGCGGACAGCAGUUGAGAAGAUGCGGCUGCUAGUGCUUUGUCUAGCGCUAGCUACGGCCAUCGAUGGGGAGAUAACAACCCAUCUGGGCCCAGAUGGGUACGAGUAUCCACGACCAAACAUCCCAUUCCCACCACCAGAGAAGCCCUCAGGUCCCAGCACUCCACGGCCGUGUCCAUUCGGAGGAGUCCCUCCUUACUGUUGUACCAACGGAGGCUCCGGACCCAACUGUGAAAUCUCAUCACCUUCUACGCCUGUUCCACCAACUCCAAGACCGUGUCCAUUUGGAGGAGUCCCGCCGUACUGCUGUACCAACGGUGGCUCUGGGCCAAACUGUGUUGUUCCUACUAGACCAACUCCAGGUCCAUCACCUACACCAGCUCCCUGUCCUUAUGGUGGUGUUCCUCCAUAUUGCUGUACCAACGGAGGACAAGGUCCAAACUGUAUUGUACCAUCCAGACCAACUCCAGGGCCAACAACUCCAUACCCGACCAGCCCUAAGCCUUGCCCAUAUGGAGGAGUACCCCCAUACUGCUGCACUAAUGGCGGAAGUGGUCCUAACUGUGCCUUACCAUCACCUUCAACUUCAUCUCCUACGACUCCACGACCUUGUCCAUUCGGCGGUGUACCCCCAUAUUGCUGCACGAAUGGAGGAACAGGACCAAACUGUGCGCUCCCAUCCCCGUCUACUCCCGCACCGACCUCUCCAAGACCUUGCCCAUUCGGAGGCGUGCCUCCAUACUGUUGUACCAAUGGAGGAACUGGUCCAAACUGCGCUUUACCGUCUCCAUCAACCCCAUCCCCAACCACUCCUAGACCAUGUCCAUUCGGUGGAAUUCCUCCAUACUGCUGCACAAAUGGAGGAUCUGGGCCAAACUGCGUUGUUCCAACUACGUCAAGGCCUCCAUCGCGGCCGCCGGGUAGUGACAACGAAUAUCUCCCCCCAUGCCCCAAUGGUGGACAAGGUCCGGAAUGUGUUCUACCAAUAACCCCACCACCAACCAGACCACCUAGCAGACCAACUCCAGGUCCAUGCCCUAGCGGCGGAGUUCCUCCUUACUGCUGUACCAAUGGAGGACAAGGCCCGAACUGCGCAGUGCCGACCAGACCUACUCCUGCACCAACUAGACCGUCCGACUGUCCUAACGGUGGCGUUCCUCCUUACUGCUGCACGAAUGGUGGAAGCGGUCCAAACUGCAUAGUUCCAACCAGACCUCAACCUGGACCGUCAACAACACCAGCACCCUGCCCAUAUGGAGGCGUUCCUCCAUACUGUUGCACUAAUGGAGGACAAGGUCCAAAUUGUAUUGUACCUUCUAGGCCAACUCCCGGACCAACUACGCCUUCCGGUUGUCCAAACGGUGGAGUUCCUCCCUACUGCUGCACUAAUGGUGGAAGUGGUCCAAACUGUGUAGUACCAUCUAGACCAACAUAUGGACCACCAACCACUCCUGCGCCUUGUCCAUACGGUGGCGUUCCUCCAUACUGUUGCACUAAUGGAGGACAGGGUCCAAAUUGCAUUGUACCUUCUAGGCCCACUCCGGGACCAACAACUCCUGCUGGAUGUCCAAACGGUGGCGUUCCUCCUUACUGCUGCACUAACGGCGGAAGCGGUCCAAACUGUGUAGUACCGACUAGGCCAACUUAUGGACCACCAACAACGCCAGCACCUUGUCCAUAUGGAGGCGUCCCUCCGUACUGUUGCACCAAUGGAGGACAAGGCCCGAAUUGCAUUGUACCUUCUAGACCAACUCAGGGACCAACAACUCCUGCUGGAUGUCCAAAUGGUGGAGUGCCUCCCUAUUGCUGCACUAAUGGCGGAAGUGGUCCGAACUGUAUAGUACCGACAAGACCAACCUACGGACCACCAACAACUCCUGCACCUUGUCCAUAUGGAGGUGUUCCUCCAUACUGCUGUACCAAUGGAGGGCAAGGUCCAAAUUGUAUUGUACCUUCUAGACCAUCUCCAGGUCCAACGACUCCAGCUGGAUGUCCAAAUGGUGGAGUACCCCCAUACUGCUGCACUAAUGGAGGAAGCGGUCCAAACUGUGUAGUACCGACAAGACCAACUCCCACAACUCCUGCACCCUGUCCCUUCGGAGGCAUUCCCCCAUACUGCUGUACCAAUGGAGGACAAGGUCCAAACUGCGUUGUGCCGUCAAGACCAACACCAGGGCCAACUACUCCAGCUGGAUGUCCAAAUGGUGGAGUGCCACCAUAUUGUUGUACGAACGGAGGACAAGGACCAAACUGUAUUGUACCAACUAGACCUCCAACGAGACCAACUCAAAGCAACGAAUAUCUACCUCCGUGUCCAAAUGGAGGAACCGGGCCAAGCUGCCAGACUCGACCAACGACACAACCGACCCGCCCUCCAACUUCGCCAGCUGGUUGUCCUUAUGGUGGUGUUCCACCAUAUUGCUGUACCAACGGUGGACAGGGGCCAAACUGCAUAGUGCCAACGCAACCACCAAGACCAACAACACCCACAUGCCCAUAUGGCGGUGUACCACCAUAUUGUUGCACCAACGGUGGACAAGGACCUAACUGUAUUGUACCAUCUAGACCGACUCCAGGUCCGACAACUCCUGCUGGCUGUCCUAAUGGAGGAGUACCACCGUACUGCUGCACUAAUGGUGGACAAGGUCCAAACUGCAUUGUUCCCACACAGCCUCCGCGACCCACAACGCCAGCUGGUUGCCCCAACGGUGGAGUACCGCCUUAUUGUUGCACCAACGGUGGACAAGGACCAAAUUGUAUAGUGCCAACGCAACCUGCCAGGCCAACACCUCCCACAUGUCCAUACGGCGGCGUACCCCCUUACUGUUGUACAAAUGGAGGCCAGGGACCUAAUUGUAUCGUUCCAUCCAGACCAACCCCAGGUCCGACAACUCCUGCUGGCUGUCCAAAUGGAGGAGUACCUCCUUAUUGCUGCACAAAUGGUGGACAAGGUCCAAACUGUAUCGUUCCUACACAGCCUUCAAGGCCCACAACCCCUGCCGGUUGUCCUUAUGGAGGUGUGCCACCAUACUGCUGUACCAACGGAGGAACUGGUCCUAACUGUAUUGUGCCAACCCAGCCACCAAGACCGACUACUCCAGCUGGCUGCCCGAACGGAGGAGUACCGCCGUAUUGCUGCACAAAUGGAGGACAGGGACCAAAUUGCAUCGUUCCAAGACCUCCACCAACCCCAGGACCAACGCGACCUCCUACUGAUAACGAAUAUCUACCACCGUGCACUAAUGGAGGAUAUGGUCCAAACUGUGUCAAACCAUCCCAGCCACCAACUCGACCAACGCCAGGUCCUCAACCCGGUUGCCCUAAUGGCGGUGUACCGCCGUAUUGCUGUACCAACGGAGGACAAGGCCCGAACUGUAUCGUUCCAGGUCGGCCCACUUCUCCACCAGUCACUCGACCACCUCCAACGCAACCACAGACCUGCCCGGCAGGUGGCAUUCCACCGUACUGUUGCACCAAUGGAGGUGAAGGCCCGAAUUGUGUUGUCCCUAGCAGACCAACCUACCCACCGGCAACUCGACCACCACCCCAGCCAAGUUGUCCAGCCGGAGGAGUGCCUCCGUAUUGCUGUACGAACGGCGGUCAGGGACCGAACUGCGCACUGCCAACUCCUAGCCACACCCUCGAGGCGGACGGUUACCAUUACAAACGGCCCAGCAAACCGUUCAACUUCUAGUAGUAGAUGAGAGCCGUAAGUUUAUUUAUUUCAGCGUUGAUUGUACGUAUAUGUGAAUAGUUGAAUUAAGCAAUCGAGUCAGGAAAUUCAAAGCAGGCAAGCAACUACAAAUUUGAAAAUACGCGAAUAGCAUGUAGAUGGAUAGCUGUGGCAGAAGAGUCGUUCAAUCGGAAGUAAAUGUAUUUAUGAUAUAAUACUCGACGAGUUUUUUUACAUUGGCAGAUCGUUUUUGUACUACAGGACGAAUGCGUUGAAAACAGAAACUUUAACUAGACUAAUAAAAUUUACGAGUAUAAGUUUAUUAAGCCCUUGUGGAUAAAAUAAAGCAGAAUUUUGCAAAUUA